GGCAUCUGCCAAAGGUACUAAUUUGGGGUCCUGACUGCUUCUCACAUUUUCAAGAUGGCCGCCUCCAUAUCAGGUUUAUUAAAACCUUGGAUACCAAGAGUGUUCCUGGUGAGAUGGAGCAGGUACAACCCUUACUAUCUGGAGCCAGAGGUGAGAAAGGAGGUCUACAACAGGCCGGAGACAGAGCUUAGUGCUGAGGAGAAGGAGCAACAGGAGCUCAAAGAGAUGAGAUCCAUCAAAGCAGCAACGGGCGGGAUCACCAGUUCUGUGUUUAGCGAUCCAAGCAUUAGUAAAUUCACCAACAUGAUGAUGAAACAUGGAAACAAGGCUUUGGCCAGAGAGAUCAUUUCAGUUACAUUGGAGACUGUAAAGAGGAAACAGGUGGAGAAAUACCACAAAGCCCCAGCGGGGAAGAAAGAUGAGAUCGAGUGCAACCCCUACGUCAUCUUCCAUCAGGCUCUGGAGAACUGUAAACCUGUGGUUGGACUGAUCAGCGUGCCGAAAGGUGGAAGGUUCUAUCAGGUUCCCGUCCCUCUUUCGGAGAACAGACGCCGUUUCCUUGCUAUGAAGUGGAUGAUCACAGAAUGCAGGGACAACAAGCACAGAACCACACCCAUGCACGAAAAACUUUCCCAGGAACUGUUGGCAGCCUUUAUCAAAGAGGGAAAUGUGGUCAAGAAGAGAAAUGAGAUGCACAAGGUGGCUGAAGCCAACAGAGCUUACGCCCACUACCGCUGGUGGUAGAGAUGUGCACGGCAAGAUGGACAUAUGUUAAUUAUAUAAAGUGCUAUUGUAAAUACUGUAAACCAGGAUCUAUCUCCGACAGGACAACUGGUUUACACUUGUCUGGUUUUAUAUUGAAAAACUGCUCUGUGUAUUGUUAACUGUGUAUUCUGAUAUCUAAGAAAAACACAUUAAACACAAAUAUGGAAAAAACUAAUAAGAUUUAUUAGAACAAACAGAUCUGCAUUAAAUGUACAAUCCAAUCAUAAAAAAGGGAAUGAGUAAUGUAAAAAUGAUUGUGCAUUACAAAACUAUAGAAACAUAUACUGCAGUCAGUACUGAGGCCUGAAAGGACUGUCCAGAGUUUGAUUUUUCAUUGCAUAAAGUCCUAUUUAACUCACAGAUUAGUUUAACAUCAAAUAAACCUACUUUUACCUCAAACUAGGUCUCACCUUGACAAUAUUUUCAUAGUUUUUAUAGCUGAAAUUUAACUUAUAAUUAACGGAGGAUUGUUUUGCUCCGAGUUGGUCGGAAGAUGAUUUGUCAGACUGCUGUGAAUGCAACGUAUUUAAAGUAAGCUUGCCUUAUUUGCAGAUUUUUAAAUAUUCUGAAUUCUAAAACCUAUUUUUUGGGUUUGAUUCAAAGGAAAAACUUUGGUAGUAAAACAAAUGUCCAAUCCACAACACACUCCACAUAAAACAGACCUCAGCUACAUAGUGUUACAAGUGUUGGUGGAACCUGAACACAACAAGAACUAAAAUGUUUACUCCUCUAGCACUCCAACAACCAGAAAACUGCUUAAUGAGUCAAACAUUCCCCAUUGGCUGUGUUAUAUUGGCAUAUGGUGUUUUAUAAACAAACUGCUGAAUUUAAAUAAACUUGUA